AUGAAAAUUUCCAAAUCUCACAAAGAAGAUGCUCUUACUUUCCUGGUCGUCAUCAUCGUCAGCCUUCUUACCGUCCUACUCCCCGUCUUACACCACACCACCGCACUCAGUCCCUACAGUUGGUACCCUCGCGAUAACUUUGACCUUAUUAUGGAGAAGAUGAGUCGUGCUAACCCUAACAACUGCAAAUAUCUGUCCGAGGCUGAUCUCACCCUCCCCACCACCACCAUCAGCCAAAUGCCCAAGUACAACCAAAUUCCUCUUCAGGUGUGGUAUGCCAACCGUUCGAAGCUGUUGCACCUACACAACCUUGCUCUUAAUCGCGCCUUCUUCUUCUCCUACAUACUCCAACGUUUAAAUGACACACGAACUGGACCCGCCUUGCUGCCAUCCCACAUUUAUUACUACUUCUCGGGAGCUGCUGACAUCUCUUCGGCACCGAAUGCUGUCAACACCAAGAUGGCACCCUCUGAUAAGGUUCUGAUGUUACAGUCGACUGACAUGGGGGCAGGUCCGUACAGCAAUUACACGGCGCCGUGGUAUCGCAACAACUUCUUCAUCCACGACACCGAAAUGGGUAUUAACUUCAUUCCAGACAAUCGAGGCACCGCAAUUGGGAAAAAUCAAUACGCUACACGAACCCGCCUCGCUGACCUCUAUGGCAACCUGGUGGAGAUGUUGGAGGCUUUUAAUUUUUUUGGGCCCAACGCUCCGGGUAUUAAGGAGACCUUCCUUCCAGUUAGGUUCACUCGACCCUACUACGACUGCGGUCAUAGCAAUCGGUGGAUUGUGAGUGCGGUCUCUGCCCUGUCGGACUACAUGCCCCGCUACUCACCGAUCGACCGUUUGCGGGGACCCAGAAUGGUGGGUGUAACAGUGACCAGCAUGGAUUUCCUUCGCAUUGACUUCAAUCCCUGUCCGCAAAGUAUGGGAAAUCCCGACUAUUUCUUGGCCGGAACAGCUCGCUGCAAACCCAGCACAAUGUGUGUUCCUCUUUCUGGCUACGGAUUUGCUCGCGGCGGCUAUGAGUGUGUCUGUCAGCCGGGCUAUCGUCUCCCAAUGCAACAGAAUGGCCCCUUCAGGGGCAUUGAUAUAGAACAGGCAACGGAAGAGGAAUAUAAAAACGGUUUUGACUGCCUCCCUGUUGGCUGGAGACAGGUAGUUCCCCACGAAAUUGCAAAAGACCGUCUUCAAAGUGCAGGAGGAGACCAGAUUCCUGUCCAGCGACCUCGAAGAUCACCAUGGUACUCAACACCGCUUGAGUUUGUGACAUUGCCGACAAAUUAUUUAUCUUUGCAAAUGACAAGGUUUUUGAACAAAUUUGGAUUUCUAAACGCCAAAAAAAUGUCCCCACUGGAUGACAUCUUCCACAAAGUUGAUGAUACUGCUGGCCAUCAUGAUGCAAGGCCAGUGGAGCCAUCCCUUGAGAUUAAGUCAAUGUAUCAGGGAGUGAACAGAAGCCGUUCAUUAGCCCGCCGCACAAGGAAUUGGAGCCAUCGCGCCGCAAGUGGUGGACUCGCAGUCGUAGUGAAGAGGAAGCGCAGGGAUGUGGACAUCCCAUUCUACUACCUUGGCAAUGGCUACACGUUUAAUGAGGAAGCCUACAAUGAAGUCAUUCGGCUAAUCGCCUACAUAGACACCGUGACCCCGGAAAAUUGUGCCUCAAAGAGUCCGGCUGAAUUGCAGAUGCCUUCAGGUGUCAGCUACGGCGCUGAAGCACAAUUUGAAAUGGAGGGACGCGUGGCUCUGCGGCUGGCGCACUUUCUCUCCGCCUACUACCAAAACAACAUUGUGGGGGAGCUCUACGGUAAUCUGAGAUCGGGUGUUCCACUCAACCGGUUCGAGCUGUUUGGAGAGGUGUACGCGAACGUUCUGUCAAGCUUUCAAAUCGUCUCUUCGGGCAUCUUUUUUGACCGUCAAGCUUUUGUCGACCACGAGGGAAUCACGUGGGAUCUCUUUGCUCCUUUCGCCUACAAGCCCAGCAUGGCUACACAAGUGGCCGAAGCCAUUGACAUGAGUGCUCGUGACCACCGAAACUACACCGAACAGGCGUGGUUUCGGGUGCUUAAGGAACGCUGGGAGUCCAGUCGUCAAGGCCUAGAAAGCAUUACCACAAAGCCCUACAUUCGCAGCAACAUUAAUGGGACGCAGAUUCAACGCUACUUCAAUUUUCCUCUCUUCUACCGUGUUCCACGUUACGAAGAGGGUUACUGGACAGAGCCAUACUACGUUUGUGAUGGAUUCUUCAAUGGCUGGGUCAUUACCUACGCUACACCGUUUUUCGGCUAUCUUGACAAUCGCAGAACUCUGGAUUUCAUGGGAGUGGUGACUGUAUCGGUGGAUUUGCACCAGCUCGACAUCAAUCAAUGCCCACAGUCCUUCUAUACACCGAACUUCUUCAAAAACACCGCACGCUGUGACUUCCAAAAUACCUAUUAUGCACCACCCAGCUCUCCCCCUUUGCCUGUUAAAUUGCCCACAGCUGGAGUGACUUUACAUGGUCAGACGGCUUUUUCCCAUCGUUUAAACGAGAUUGCCUUCCUCGCCUCUCCUCUCCCUUUCCCCACUGAAACCCCUACCAACCCUGUUGUCGCACCGCAGACCGCACCAUUGCACCACAGAAAUGGGCAAAAGUGCCUGUUCCCAAGCCCAGCCAAUAGGAGAGCGCCUCGGGCACACGGUGAUUGGUUGCCAUGCCUUCUCACAGGGCUAAUCAGCGCGUGGCUUGAAGGUCGGUGGAGGCAAAAUGCGUUUGCAGGAGUAAAUGCAGAGCCAGCGAGAGGAGGUCACGUGACAAAAUCGAUUGGUCACAGUUGGCCGCUUGGCUGGCUGGCCGUCCGACCGACUGGUUUGGCCAACUAA